GGUGCGCAAACGCACCCACAAAGUUUAGUCGAACAUGGCUGCUCUACAGAAAAGCCUGAUCGCAGCUGCUGUUGCCGCUCUGGCUGCUUUUUUCGGAUUUGCAUUUCUUAAAAUAAACAGGCUGAGCCUUGCCUCCAGAGAAAUGCCUCUCAAACACCUCAAGUGUCAUUAUUUACCCAAUAUAGAGUAUGGGGCAGAGGAUAUCACUAUACUUAAAGAUGGACUGGCCUUCUUAAGCACAGGACUCCACGAUUACCUUGAUCUGCCGUCAUUCUCCAAUGAACCAGGAAAAAUGUAUGUUUUGGAUCUGCUCCAGCCGAAGCUGAUCCCAGUGGAGCUGCAAAUCAAAGGAGAUCUGGACCUCAGCUCUUUCAACCCGCAUGGCAUCAGUGUCUACACAGAUGAAGGAGAUGACACUGUCUAUCUGUUUGUGGUCAAUCACCCUCAGCGCAAAAGCCAGGUAGAGAUCUUCCGUCUAGUCGGGGAGGACACCCUUGUGCACUUAAAGACUGUUACACAUCCUAUGCUGCACAGUGUGAAUGACAUUGUCGCCGUUGGAAAGGAGCAUUUUUACGCCACGAACGACCAUUAUUUUCACAAUGAAGCACUUCAUCUGCUGACUGUCAUCCUGGGUCUGCCCUGGUGUAACGUCGUGUACUACAGCCCUGAGGAAGUGAGGGAGGCAGCUGGGGGCAUUCAGUCAGGAAAUGGAAUAAACAUAUCUCCGGACAAACGGUAUAUUUAUGUGUCUGAUAUUCUCGAUCACGAGAUAGAUGUUUUUGAGCGACUAGAUGGAGAACGGCUGGCGUACGUGAAGUCUGUUCCAGUUGGGACACUUUGUGAUAACAUCGAGGUGGACCACAUGACAGGGGACGUCUGGCUCGGCUGUCAUCCAGAUGCCACUAAAUUGUUCAACUUUGAUCCCAAAGAUCCUCCCGGCUCUGAGAUCAUCAAGAUCAAGAACAUCGUCUCAGAUCAGCCAGUGGUGACCCUGGAGUACGGAGACGACGGGCAUGAGCUGAUGGGCUCCACGGUUGCAGCGCCCUACGAGGGAAAGCUGCUCAUCGGGACAAUUUUUCAAAAAGCCCUGUACUGCUCUACGAAAUAAAACUGGUGACACACGGUCCUGUCCAAAAGUAUCAAAAUAAAAUGCAAAUCCCUUAUCUCGCUCGUACAAGGAAACUGCUGGUUUUGCUUUGAAAAGGAGUAUGAGAUAAAAUAACUGCAUAACCACAGCUUGUUGUACAUGAUAUUCACACCCAUUGGUGUUACACAGCCUAAAAAAUCGUUUGGUGGCAGAAUCACUCUUUAAUUUGGUAGCCAAACAUUUAGGAAUAGAAGUACUAAAAAUUACUUAAAGUGAAUGCAGUGUUGCUGAGAUGUUUUCAUGACGCACCCAACGUGGACAUGAGUUUGUUUUUGAUUUGUUUUUUUCUUUUUUGGAUGAGGUGAUCACACAACAGGAAAUGUGAAUGAAUUUCAAAUGCAAGAAUUAGACAUGAAUGUUUAAUUUUUUUUUUUCUGUGGAUUUGGAAAAGAUUAGAAAAGCAUGAAAUCAGUUUGGCUUUUUUUUUAU